AUGAGAAAGGGACUGAAACGAUCUAAAGCUGAAUCACCACUACCCAAUAGCGACAUAGUUGAAGAAUUCUCGACCAACAACAAUUACAAUAAUAAGAAUAGGAAGAAGAAUAAUAACCAUAGCGAUGAUAACAAUUACGACUCAGACAUAUUUCAAGACAUAUUUCCGAGACAUCCGUACGACGAAUAUCACGACGGAAUUCCAAAAAAAUCAUCACAUUUUCGGAUUGGGACUAAACCGAAAAAGAAAAUAGUAUGGACCAGAGACUCGUGUAAUCCGGAUGUUGUUACUUUUGAUGAUGACGUCAUAACUGCCAGGGCUGUCAUGACGUGUGGACAUGCGAUAUCCCCUAAAUCUCUCAGAAGUUUUGUCGAGAAUGAGAUCCGGAUCGGCAAAAUUAAAUUUAUAUGUCCCGGUCAAUCUAUUUCCGGCAACUGUGAUCACUCAAUUCCGUUGACCUGGAUAGCUGAGGUUUGCGCUUUUGCAGAAAACGAGACCAAAAGUUAUGAAAAGAAAAUGACGGAAAAUCGUCUGAAUAAUUCUCCCAAUUUUGUCCAAUGCCCUCGUUGUCAAAUAUGGAUAGACAAAAAAUGCAUACCCAUUUGCAAUAAAGUUACUUGUCCGAACUGUAGCAGCGGUAGUGGCAGCCGUCGUAGCAGUAGUAACCAAAAUGAAAAGUUUGAAUUUUGUAGGAAAUGCUCUACAGAAUGGGAUUUGUACACGGACAAUGACGACGAUGACGUUGAUCGUUCUGGAAAUAAUCCUUCCAGUGUGAAGGAUAACAACAACAAGGUCUGUUUAAAUCCAAGCUGUCCAACUUGGAGCACCCUGGACGUUUUGGAAAAUUGCGAAACGAUAACUAUAAACGGCGAGGCCUGUCCCACGUUUAGGGCUUGCCCUAACUGUGAGACCCUCAUUCGCCACAAAGGCCAGUGCAACCACGUCAACUGCAGCAAAUGCGAGACAGGAUUUUGUUUCGUUUGCCUGAAAGUAAGGCAGGGUAAAAAAUGGCAUUGCGACUACUCACUGAGAUGCUUGGCCGCUCCUCUUCAAAAUCUUGGAAUCCAAAAUGAUCAGCGUCUGAGAAGUGCCAACGUGAAAAAGAGAAAUAAAAUCGUCUCUCUUACCGAUUUACCUGAUGAGAUGACAAUAUUUGGCUUGUUGUCUGCCACGUGUUUGUAUUUCUUGCACUACUUUGAAUGCCAAUCUCUCGGAUUGAAAUUAGUUUUUGCGCCUAUAUUCAUGUGGGCAGUGAAAUUUUUGCUUGAAAAUGAAAGAAAUAAAUCAUAA